AUGGCAGCAACCGUUCCUUUCUCUCUGCUAAGGAACUGCGCGCCAUUGAAACUAGCAACACCCUUCGCUCGCAAAGCCUCCAACUUUAAUCUCCUUUUCCCUCUUCAACCACGCAGGUUGGGCUUUUGUACUCAUGCCACAAAUAAUGAAGAGGCUGCAGCAAAAGCAGCUGCUGUUAAUUUUGAUAGUGAAGCUCCAACAAUAUUUGAUAAAAUCAUCAACAAGGAAAUCCCUUCUAGUAUUGUUUACGAGGAUGAAAAGGUUCUGGCAUUUAGAGAUAUUAAUCCACAGGCUCCAGUUCAUGUUCUAGUCAUUCCAAAAUUUAGAGAUGGAUUAACACAACUUGGGAAGGCUGAUAGCAGACAUGGGGAAAUAUUGGGUCAACUUCUCUAUGCUGCCAAAAUAGUAGCUGAGAAAGAAGGUAUCGUCGAUGGAUUUCGAGUCGUCAUCAACAAUGGUCCAAGUGCAUGUCAAUCUGUGUAUCAUCUGCACUUGCAUGUAUUAGGUGGGAGACAGAUGAAUUGGCCACCAGGUUGA